AUAUAUAUCUAAAUAUCAAUCUAUAUAUAUAUAUAUAUGUAUAUGUAUACAUGUAUGUGUGUGUCUAUAUACAUAUAUAUAUUUAAUUUAUAUUCAUAUUUAUAUAUAUAUAUAUAUAUAUAUUUAUUUAUUUAUUUAUAUUUAAAGUAUUUAUAUAUAUAUAUCUCGCCGGAGUCAUGCUGAACACUUCACAGAACAAACUCUUAAAGGGCAGAACUCUCAUUUUACCGCUCUUCAACAGGCAAAUUCCGCACAUUGGUAACUGAUCUUCAGCCUUAUAUCGAUGACAAUGAGAGGUAUGGUCUUUCCGUUGUAUCUCGUGCGCUUUUCUUUGGAAAUAUCAUUCACAAGCCUUCGGGGAAGCGAGUACGCUGGGAUCCGCAGGAGCAAGCCAUCCCUUGCAGUAAACGGGCAUGGGGAGCAAUAUCGGCGAAUGACCACUUCUUGGAGAUUGUCGAGAAAAACACAACUAGUGGGGUGUUUUCGAUCGAUCUUGGCACAGGAUCAAUGGUAGAUUUAGCUGGUCCUUGGCCCGUAGAAGUUUCGAUAAACGAUGAACCGGUCGUAGACUUUGAGUUUGGGUGCGAUUCCGACUGCGAUGAUGAAUGCGAGUGCGAAAGCCCAGUAAUCGACCAGGAAGACCAGUUGCCGAGUGUGACUGACAAGGGCGAUGCGGAUGGUAUCUUGCUAUCCGAUGUAGAUACUCGGCCUCUGCCUAAGUCACCCCGUCACAGCUUGCGAACCUCUCCGAUGCCAUCGCCACAGAACAGUAGCUCGGAUCUUAAUGUGCACAAUGUGGACUCUAAAAGGAGCCUCGACAAUUGCACGAGCCAUUUCGAGCACGGUGUCGCACGAGCGGCGUCGCAUGACUAUGGGAGCCACCUCACUGCGAUUCUAAGUCCUAAACGCAGCUUAUCUUCAGCUGGAACUUCAGGCGAGACUAGUCCGAUCAGUAAGGGUGGCCAAAGAAGUCCUUUGAGCAAUCCGUCGGCGACUAAUCCGAAUGUGCGGCGACAACGAAGGAGUUUCAAUGCUUGAGCACACAAUUUUUUCUCAUCACUUACCACAAGUAAGCGAGCUGAUCUACUCGGCUGUGUUAUUUGAAUUUGCAUAUACUCGCCAGAGUUAAAACGCCGUUCGCCCGUUACCAUAUUUACAUCAAUGUGUAAACUGUGGCCUUUCGACGCCAGAGUGCUUGAAGUGGUAGCUCACGUCUGAAUGAAGCGUAACACCAUAUAUUUUAUACGAGGUAUAUUUUGAUGGCGCAGUUGGUAUGUAGGCGUAGGAAC